AUGUCUUAUGACCGAUAUAUGGCAAUAUGCAACCCUUUACACUACAUGGAUAUAAUGAGUAAGAGAGUCUGUAUGCAGCUAGCUGUGGCAUCCUGGAUCAAUGGGAUUGUUUAUUCCACUAUUCACACGGCAAUAAUUUAUAGGUUAAACUUCUGCAAAUCUAAUAUUGUUGAUCACUUUUUCUGUGAUAUACCCCCACUCUUACACAUCUCCUGUUCUGGUACCAAAAUAGCUGAAAUAAUAGUUACAUUGUUAGGAACUGUUUUUGUUUUACCAUCUUUCUAUUUUAUAGUAAUUUCCUAUUUCUUUAUUGUAAAAUCUGUAUUAAGGAUCCCAUCAGCCACAGGGCGUAGGAAGACAUUUUCUACUUGUGUGUCUCAUUUAAUAAAUGCUUCCUUGUUCUAUCUUGGCGGUACCUCGGUUUAUGCAAAGCCAGUGCCCAGUUCCUCGAAUUUGCUACAGAUGAAGAUAAGUGCAAUAUUUUAUUCAGUCUUUGUGCCACUAGUUAAUCCUGCUAUCUACAGCUUGAGAAAUCAUCAGUUAAAAAAAGCCAUUAAGAAAAAAAUACAUUGUAUUAUUUUUUUGUUUAAUGCGCUACACUGA